CAUCACUCAUCAGCGACUGGCCAGGCUACCUUAUAUAGUGUUACACUUAUUUGGUGCUUUCUCCACAAAUCUCUGAAAACCAUGUCCGACGAGGAGCAUCACUUUGAGUCCAAGGCCGACGCCGGAGCGUCCAAGACCUUCCCACAGCAAGCCGGUGCUAUCCGCAAGAACGGUUACAUCGUCAUUAAGAAUCGCCCUUGCAAGGUUGUUGAUGUUUCCACCUCCAAGACUGGAAAGCAUGGUCAUGCUAAGUGCCAUUUCACUGGAAUAGACAUCUUCAAUGCCAAAAAGCUUGAAGAUAUUGUCCCUUCCUCCCACAACUGUGAUGUCCCCCACGUCAAUCGUACUGACUACCAGCUAAUUGAUAUUUCUGAGGAUGGAUUUGUGAGUUUGCUAACUGACAAUGGGAAUACUAAGGAUGACCUGAGGCUCCCAACUGAUGAGAAUCUUCUGGCUCAGAUCAAGGAUGGCUUUGCUGACGGAAAAGACCUUGUUGUGACAGUCAUGUCUUCAAUGGGAGAGGAGCAGAUCUGUGCUCUCAAGGACAUUGGGCCAAAGUAAAUUCUCAUUAAUGUGAGAUGGUUGUUGCAAUUUAAGCGGAAAGGAUUUUGUAAAAGCUAUUAUAGCUCGUCUUUUAUGAAGUUAGAGUAGACUAGUUAGAAUGCUAUGCGGAUGGUUUAUAUGAAGUUUGGAAACAUAAUUUUCAUUACUCGUGGUAUUUCCGUUAUAUAAAUUCUGUCUUGUUUUAUUCUCCA